UCUUUCAUUGCUGGCUUUCUGGCACCGGUCCAAAAUGAAGGUUAAUCCUCAUGGCUACCCGUCCUUCUUGAAGACUUAUCUUGGUGAAGCACGCUACUGGGAAAGAAUUCAAAUACCCUCUAAAUUUGUGGACACUCAUAAGAACAAGCUGGGUGGAAGCACAUGGGUUCUGAGAACAGAAGAUGGAACAUCAUGGUCCAUGGAGAUCAUACGAGAAGGAACAGAAUGUUUCUUCGGCAGAGCGGAUUGGGAGAAGUUCGCAAAGCAUCAUGACCUACGGUUUGGAGACCAGAUUAUGGCUUUUCUUGUGGGAAAUUCUGUGUUUGAAGUUAUGGUUUACAGCCAAACUACUUGUUGCCGGGUUCUAUAUCCCAACCCUCACCCUACUGCUAAUGAAGAAGCUUCAAGAAAUGCCAAGAAACAGAAGAGGAAGUAUGUAUUUCGCAACAAGUCAAAAGGCUCAUCAGAUAUGAAAGAAGAAAUCUUUGACAUCAAGAAUGUAAAGCAAGAAGAGGGGUUGCAGACUAAGAGAUACAGUACUGUGAAUCUCAAAGCUAAAUGCCCUUACUUUGAAACCAUUGUAAAGAAGAGUCACCAGACUUUCAUGUGUGUUCCUGUGGAUUUUGCACGGGAGACGGGGAUAAUUAAUCAGAAGAGAAUUGUGCUGAGAGGUGAAAAUGGGAGGAGGGAGACAGUGCAGAUUGGGCACUUAUGCAAUAGAGUCAAUCUGAUCAAAGGGUGGAAGUCUUUUAAGAAAGCUAAUAAAAUAAGGAGCGGAGACAAGUGUUCAUUCACUUUGGUUAAUCCCGACAGUCUGUUUGUCAAGAAACUCCGCCAUUAAAGCUGAUAAGAAUAUCAUCAGCCAUGGCUGCCCCUACCAAAUGGGGCAUAUGAAUUGAUGAUAACUGGAAAGCUGUUUUGGAUC